AAAGGGUUGUGAGAAAAUAGGAGCAGAAAAAGGGGGGAGGGAGAGGAGGUUUUUCCUUAUUUUCUACAGACAACCUUUUUUCCUAAUAAUCUCCUUAUUUUCAAUUUUGUCGCUGUUGGUUCCUGCGAUUCUGAGCUUUGAUCCUUUUGUAUCAGAAUCGUAGUAGCAGCAAUGGCUUUUUGAUUCCUUUAUUUUCCUUUGGUUUUCUCGCCGCCGGCAGAUGGCCAAGUCGCCACCGAAGUUGGUGGAUUGUUGGUCGUCUCGGUUUUUUAUCUCCAGGGUCACAAGGAUCUGAUUUGAAUCCAAUUGAAAGGGGGUGAGAAAUGGGGAAAAUGGUAGAGAAAAUGGGAAGAUGCAUAAAGACGGUGUUUUUCAUGGUAGCCAUGUUGGUUUCCCUCUUAGUCUCCUCCUUGCCUGUCCUUGUUUCCAUCGUCGACGUCUUUGUUCCCACCUUUCUUCUCUCCAGCUUUACUUGUUUGACUUGUUACAGCUUCAACGACCAUCUCACCCGAUACAGCUUCAAGACCUCUCUCACUGAUAUUCCCUUUGUCUCCCUCCUCAGAUCUUUCCUCGUCAUCUGUGUGUAUUCACUAUCCGACGGACCUGCACUUUCGCACGGACCUUACCUCGGAACUGUGUCCUUGUGUUCUCUUGUCUCUAUUGUCCUUCUUUCAGUUAAAGCUUGCAUUUUCACUGCUAAUUCUCAACUUACCUCCGAAUCAUCCAUCUCUCCGUCAAGGCAACGUCUCCAUCUCAAGAAGUCUUGGGGAAUGCCCGUUUUGUUCCUUUCUUCUGUCGUCUUUGCUCUUGGUCAUACCGUUGUUGCCUAUAGAACUAGCUGCAGAGCUAGGAGGAAACUCUUGUUCCACAGAGUCGACCCUGAAGCUGUUCUUUCUUGUAAAGGUGUCUUCUCCAGUUACCAGAAAGUCCCACGCUCUCCCAUUCCCUUGGUACGCAAGCCCUCCAAGACUGAUGGCGAGGUCAGACGAAAACUUCUUCCUUCAUCAACAUCCCAUGAUGGCGAGCUUCCAGUGAGAGUGCUUUCUGAUCUUGACAGCUUGUUCGUUACAGUCACUGGCCUCUCUGUGCAUUACAAGCUCUGCACACCUGCCUCUCCCGAAGCUAAUUCUAUGCUCAAUGUGCCAGAGGCAAUGGCUGGAAGGUUGAAGCUUGACAGGAAACUAUUGAGCAUGGUCACUAGAAACAAGCUUAAUCAUCAUCACCAUAAAAGCUGCAGCAGCCUCUUCAACAAUUCUUCUUCUUCCUUGCAUGACCCUCUCCUUGAGGCUUCUCCUACUUCCCCUCUUCUUUUCAAAGACACUCAGGAAGAAGCUUGUCGAGAAGAUGAUAUGAAUGCCUCCAGUUGUGGUGCAACGGAGCUACAAGAUCCCUCAGAUGGAAGCGGUCUAUUUGGUGUAGUGCUUGUUCAUGGGUUUGGAGGUGGAGUGUUUUCUUGGAGAAAUGUGAUAGGUUCUCUCGCCCAUCAGCUUGGCUGUGUUGUCACUGCUUUUGAUAGGCCUGGUUGGGGUUUAACCGCUAGGCCUCAUGUAAAGGAUUUGGAAGAAAGAGAGUUGCCAAACCCUUACACCCUGGAAAAUCAGGUAGACAUGCUUGUUGCUUUUUGCCACGAAAUGGGAUUUGCUUCGGUAGUCUUGGUUGGGCAUGAUGAUGGAGGUCUGAUUGCUCUCAAGGCUGCACAAAGAUUGGUAGCAUCAAAUGAUGCCACCAUCAAAGUGAAAGGAGUGGUUUUGCUUAACGUAAGCUUGACGAGGGAAGUAGUCCCAGCUUUUGCGAGAAUACUUCUGCACACAUCACUAGGAAAGAAACACCUUGUUCGCCCGCUUUUACGAACUGAGAUAGCUCAGGUGGUGAAUCGUCGAGCCUGGUAUGAUCCUGCCAAGAUGACAACAGAUGUCUUAAAGCUAUACAAGGCACCACUCCAUGUGGAAGGCUGGGACGAGGCACUUCACGAGAUAGGUAGACUCUCAUCCGAGAUGGUGCUUUCAACUCAAAAUGCACAGUCGCUUCUCAAGGCAGUGGAACGCUUACCAGUGUUAGUCGUUGCUGGAGCAGAGGACGCACUUGUUCCCCUCAAGUCCUCCCAAGUCAUGGCUUCAAAACUCUUCAACUCUAGGCUAGUAGCAAUCUCAGGGUGUGGUCAUCUGCCGCAUGAGGAGUGUCCCAAGGCGCUUCUUGCAGCCAUGACCCCGUUCAUAAGCAGACUUGUACUUAGUGACUGAGUGAUCACUUCUUGUUGUCUUCUUAGCUCACAAUCGAUUAGUGGUUUGCGUUUUGUAUCUUUUUUUGUCUGCCCCAAAAGAAAAGAAGUUGGGGGUGAUUUUGAGGUCUUAGCAGCUGUGUGUACUCAUCAUGACCAGAGUUAUUUGUAAUAUUCUCUGUUUUCUCUAUGGAUUGAAAGUCUUCUAUUAAUUUCUCAGUUAAUCUAAGUGAUUUUUUUCCGGUUUGCA